GUGUUCCUUGGUGAUAUGUUCCAUAAGAUUGACGUUAGGUUUAUUUUUGUCAUUCCAGUUCCAUCCCAAAGCAUAGACCAAACUCCCAGGGAAUACGAUAAAGAGUACUUUAUACCUAACGAACUAGUUUUAGAAACUCUAACACCUGAAGAAAAGUCCCUGAAUGUUGUGGAGCAACAAAAGCCAGAAAAAAUAUCUUUCAUUCGUUUCAUAAGAAAAUCCCGCUCAACGCGUCGAGCUAUGAUAAUUACCCUCUUCCUACUCACAGCGGCCAUCUUCCAAGGAUUAAUAGUAGUUCAAGUGUAUGCGGAACCAUUGUUUCAAGAGGCAGUACCGACCAUGUCUGCUACUAUGUGUAGUGCGCUGCUGGCGGUUACAACUAUUGUGGCUGGUUUUGUUGGCGCUUAUCUGACGGAUCUUUGCGGACGACGGCCACUCAUGACGUACGCGUCAAUAGGUGCCGGAAUAUGCUGCAUUCUACUAGGGACUCAAAUUCAUCUCAAAUGGGGCCCACAGUGGUUGACUGCAGCGUUGAUCUACCUCUACGCUACUAUGUACACUUUGGGAGCCGGCACAGUGCCCUUCGUUUUCCUUGUCGAAGUUUUCUUACCUGAGGUUAAAAGCUUCAUGACAAUGAUGGUAGUAGAAUGGGCGUGGCUGUGCAACUUCAUCGUUCUAUUCAUCUUCAACCCUCUGGUCACCAUGAUUGGUCUUGGUCAAGUCUUCUAUAUAUUUGCUGUUGUAUGCAUACUGUCAGCUAUAUACUCAGUAAUGUACCAACCCGAAACUAAGGGUAUGGCUGUUGACGAGAUUCAAGAUGCAUUUCUUAAAAAACCAAAGAGAGAAUGCCAAGAGAUUAUUUAUGAAUGAAUAGGAAAACUGUGGAAAUGGAGCUGGAAAUAAAAUUAGGAUUGUGGUUGUAACGUGCAUUUUACCAACUUACAUAGACAUGAAACACAUUCCAAUUUCAGCCUUCGGUGUAAUUGGGUUAUAAGAACUAGAACUUCUUAUAAUGUAUCGCCAUUUCUAAUUUUUUAGAAGUCUUUAAACCUGAAAACGAGGCGAGUGACAAGGAUUUCUUGUAUUGAAAUCUCAACAUG